CCUUGGCCUUGCUGCCUCGGUUAUGGACGAUUACUUCGGAUUGAGGCAAAAUAAAAUAGAAAAUAACAUAUUCUAUGGGUUGCCCUGCACAUCGAACCCAGGUGUUGUCAGGCCUGGUUCAAUGGUUAUAUAAAUACACUACGUAUUCCUAUAUAUUUCCAGAACCUCAUCUGGCUUACGCUCAUCAUCUGGUAUUACGCUUCUCUCUGUUCCCGGCUCCAGAAAUAUGGCCUUGCAGGGAACGGAGAACGCUUACGAAGAUCCAAAUCUUGCCGACGAUGAACAAGAAGAAUUCUCCGAAUCCUUUGUUUGCUGCGUUUGUCUGGAUCUAUUAUAAAAGCCUAUUGUACUGUCUUGUGGUCACAUAUCCUGUUUCUGGUGUGUCCAUCAGUCAAUGAGCCCCCUUUGUGAGUCUCAUUGUCCAAUUUGUAGGCGUCCAUAUUAUCACUUUCCAACAAUCUGUUGGAUGCUUCACUUUUUGCUUCAGAAGAUGUAUCCUGCUGCUUACAAGAGAAGGGAAAUUCAAACUCUUGAGGAAGAAAAGAAACGGGGCACUUUCUCUCCUCAAAUUGAUGGUGAUAAUCUUGCGUCAGACGUCAAGUUUGAUCAUCCAGGUACUUCAUCUCCCUGCUAUGCUGGAAAUCUGGUUUCCAACCCGCAGAAUGCCGGACUCUCUGCAAGUAUGGAGCAAUCAGGGUCUGAAACUCAAAAGCAAAAUAACGGAAACAUCUGUUCUAAAGAUGUUUUUGGUGGAACUCCUGAAGAUUUUGGCACGCCUGCUCAAGUAAAAAUGCUGCCUCAGACCGACCGGCAGGAAAAGAUAUCAGCUGCAGAUGUGGUGUGUUCAACAUGCAAGCAACUGCUUUUUCAUCCUGUUGUUCUUAACUGUGGUCAUGUAUACUGUGAGUCUUGCAUCAAGAACUCAACUGAUGAGAUGCUUAGAUGCCAAAUUUGUCAACUCCCACAUCCAAGAGGAUUUCCAAAAGUUUGUUUGGAGCUUGAUCACUUUAUAAAGGAACAAUUCCCUGAGGAAUAUGCAAAGCAAAGAGAUGCUGUUCAACUGAGGCAUAUCAACGAUAAACCUGAGACCCCUUCUUGUUCAUUGAACGAGGGUGGAGGAGGAAAAGCAGCAUGGUGGUCUGAUCCUCACUCAAAAGUACAUGUUGGAGUUGGUUGUGAUUUUUGUGGGAUGUUUCCAAUUGUUGGGGAUAGAUACAGAUGCAAAGACUGUAAGGAGAAGGUUGGUUUUGAUCUUUGUGCUGAGUGUUAUAAAAUUCGCAGCAAGAUUCCUGGUCGGUUCAAUCAGCAGCACACUCCAGAUCACGAGUUUGAGCUUAACUCAGUGAACAUGAUCCAUAGCAUAAUAACACUGGUAACUGGACGGUUAGGACAUGGUUCCACUGAAAACAUGCUGAUGGAAGGCCUAGGGUUUAGACCUGAAGAUCCCAAUUUGGUUGUUGAUGCUGAUGAAGAACAUGCCCAGAAUGACUCUGAAGGCACCAAUUGAAGAGUUGAAUUGACAAAAAUCCCAUGGUCAUCUGCUGUUUUUUUUGGUUGGGAAUCAGUCAAUAGUUCAUUUGGAAAAGGACAGUUGAGGAACCAUGAGUGAUGAUCACAGAUAAGGACCUUGAAAAAAAUCAGAAUUAGUCUCAAGGACAAUAAAACUAUUAUUAGUUACAAUUUGAUCUUGUGCAUGUUACCAGAGUGUUUAUAUUCAAUGGUAGUGACAAUUUUAAACAUCGUUGUAAGAUUGAAAAGAUCAAACUAUAAUUUUAGGAAAUACCGCUGAUAACAUCAGGGAGCUAUUCAAAUGGUUCUUGAGAUUUUUUUUAAAUAGUUUUAAGGUUUGUAAUUGUUAAUAUUUUGCUUCAUGGCUUUCUGCAAGGAAAGUCAUAUAUCUCCAUGAUUUGUACUACCUGCGUGAGAGUUUGCUUCAUUUCACAGCCUUAUUGACGCUUGAGAUCCGAGCUGAACAUGCCCUCCAUUCUGUGGUAGAUUGCCUGACCUAUCCCAUCAAGCAUUAUUAGGAUCCUCUAAAGUUUCGAGAUUUACAGUGUAUAUUUUCAGAGGGACGCGAAAUAAAGGAGACUUGAUUGGUGGGUCUUAUUUAUGAGAUGGGAAUCCCAUGUCAGUUGUGUUUCUCUCUUCAAAAUUUACACACGUCAAGUUUCUUUUAAAACGUGAGGAUCCAAAGUGUGCAGACAACUUUGUUAACUUGGGUUUUGAUGCUUAAUGUCAGUGUCCAAUCUGUUCGUAUAUGGCAACAGAUGUUUGGGCAUUUUCUGUUUUACAUUUGAGUUUGCCCAAGAGGUAAAUAAUGUUGAAGACGUGUGAGUCAACAAUGUUAUCGUAUGGUUUAUCUAAUAACUGUUCUAUAGGCACUUGUAGUUUGGUAUCUUUGGAUUCUAUGAUUUUCCAAAUGACUAUAAACUGUUCUUUUUCUUUGCUUACAGAAUA